UGUGGCUCUCAGUAAAAGACGAAAAGAAAAAGAAAAACGAUGAGAAGAUGCUGAUUUUUUUCAAAGCGGCUGCAGCAGCCUGGGAGUUACGAAGUGGCAUGAGGUGGAGGGAGGUUGGGGGGAAGCCGCUCAGUUACUACAGAUACCGGUCAUCUCGGCGCUCUGUGCCGUGGCAGUGCGGUGCUCGGGGUUGUUACGGCUCCGCGGAUGUAUCCGAGCAGGAAAGGAACGCCGGGGUGCACGUGCGUGAGAUCCAAAACGAUUAUCACUAAACGGCCACUCGUGUGAGUUCAUCACUGACCCAUCAGCUUUAGGUGCAAGAAAACAAGCAGCCGUUGAGCCAGGAAGGAUUCCUGUUCUCCGCUCUAACUCUGGGACCUCUGGGAGCACAAGAAUCCAGUCAAGGACACGUUCACUCCCUCCUUCGCCUCCCUUUCUCAGCCUGCAGGAAGAUGGGAGUGAAAACAUAGCUGUGCGGAUUGAAGAGGAGCUCUUAAUGAAUUCCAGGGAAUCCUGAAAACAAACUGAGUAUUUGUCAGUGUGUCAGAACUCGGCGGCCAUGUGCUCGGUAGCUGUGACCAUCCGGCGUCUUCUGGCUGCCGCGCUGCUAUUGGCUGGAGGCCUGGAGUCGGCGAGCGAAACCGAGGAGGACGUCACGCCACGCAUCAGCUUUUCAUACAAUGCAAAGGAGAGAUCGGCCAAGAGAUUUUCGGUGGGUGGCGUCUUCAAUUACACCUCUCUGCUGCUGAGCCAGGAGGACGACAUGCUGUACGUCGGAGCCAGGGAGGCGCUGUUCGCCCUCAGCCUCUCGGACAUCAGCAAGACCAAGCUGCAGAAGAACCUGACGUGGGGAACUCCAGCUGGAAAAAGAGAUGAGUGCAGCUUUAAAGGAAAGAACUUGGAGACCGAUUGCUUCAAUUACAUCAAAAUUCUCCUGCGGCUCAAUAGCACUCAUCUCUAUGUGUGUGGUACCUACUCCUUCAGUCCCGUCUGUGCCUACAUAAACACGUCCACGUUUACGCUGGCGAGAGACGAAGCGGGCGAGGUCGUGACUGAGGAUGGGCGGAGCCGCUGCCCUUUUAACCCGGAGUACAAAUCCACCGCCAUCAUCGUGGACGGGGAGUUGUACACCGGUACCGUCAGCAACUUCCAAGGGAACGAGCCGGUCAUUUACAAAAGUCUGGGUCAGGGAACGGCACUGAAGACGGAGAACUCUUUAAAAUGGCUUCAAGAUCCCGUCUUUGUUGGGUCGACCUUCAUCGAGGAGAGCCAGCCGGCGGGGAAUCCCGUGGGCGACGACGACAAGAUCUACUUCUUCUUCAGCGAGGCGGGGAAAGAGUUCGACUUCUUCGACAACACCAUCGUUUCGCGGAUUGCUCGUGUGUGCAAGGGCGACAGGGGAGGUGAGCGGGUUCUGCAGAAGAAGUGGACCACCUUCCUGAAGGCCCAGCUCCUGUGCUCGCUCCCCGACGACGGCUUCCCCUUCAACAUCAUUCAGGACAUGUUUGUCCUGAAGCCCACUGGAGACAGCUGGGAGAGCACGGUCUUCUAUGGCGUCUUCACUUCCCAGUGGUAUAAAGGGGCGUCGGGCAGCUCUGCGGUGUGUGCCUUCAGCAUGGCUCAGGUGGAAGCUGCCUUCAACGGCCGCUACAGAGAGGUCAACAGGGAGAGCCAGCAAUGGUACACCUACAACCACCCGGUACCUGAGCCGCGGCCCGGGGCGUGCGUGACGAACCACGCCAGGCAAAUGGGCAUCCAGUCGUCCUUGCACAUGCCUGACAAAGUCCUCAACUUCGUGAAGGACCACUUCCUGAUGGACAGCGUGAUCCGCAGCGCCCCCCUGCUGCUGAAACGCAGCGUGCGCUACACCCAGAUCGCCGUGCACAAGAUCCAGGGGAUGGAGAGGGCUUACGACGUCCUCUUCAUCGGAACAGAUGAUGGAAAGCUUCACAAGGCCAUCAACGUUAACGAUAAGAUGCACAUCAUAGAGGAGAUGGUUCUGUUCGCCGAGCCGCAGCCGGUGCAGCACAUCGAGCUGGACUCUCAGAGGGGUCUGCUGUUUGUGUCGUCGUACUCGGGCCUGGUGGAGGUUCCCGUGGCCAACUGCUCCAACUACCUGAGCUGCGGCGAGUGCGUGUUGUCCAGAGAUCCGUACUGCGCCUGGACAGGGCGGCUGUGCCGGGAUGUCAGGAUGGCGCCACCCGACAGCCACUGGCAGCAGGACGUGGAGGAGGCUGACACAUCAGCGAUUUGUAACUCAACCGUUCCCUUCCUCAGAUCUGCCAGACCAGCAGCUUCCCGUGCAUUCCGCUGUAAGACCAUUACAGUCCCGGCCAACACGUUUCGCGUCCUGCCCUGCAAGCUGCGGUCCAACUUGGCUCAGAGGAAGUGGCGUUACAGCAAAGACGCCAGCCAGUUCCUGUAUGAAACCCCGGAGGGGAACCUGGUGGUGGUGGCCCAGUCCGACCGCACCGAGACCUACGAGUGCUGGUCGGAGGAGGAGGGCUUCCGCCAGCUGCUGGCCAACUACUGCAUCAGGGCGGAGCCCCGCCAGGAAAGCACCACCCUAAUCGGUCACUCGCGCACGCCCCACGUGGCGCCGGACGAGACCAUCAUCCUGCCCGGCGAGUCCCGCGCCGAGCAGGCCCACACCAAGACGUACUGGAACGAGCUGAUCGUGGUGUGCGCCCUGCUGGCCUUCUCCCUCGUCGUCUUCUCGCUGUUCGUCAUCUACAGGAACCGGGACCACAUGAAGUCCAUGCUGAAGCAAGGCGAGUGCCCCAACAUGCAGCAGAAGAAGCCGCGCAUAGUGGGGAAGCCCACGGAGAGCUUGCCCCUGAACGGGAACAACAUCCCCGUCUCCACUUCGGACCACAAGGGCUACCAGACUCUAAACGACAACUACAUCUGCAGCACGCCCACGCACGAGUCAUCGUCGCCGGAAAACAGCAAGAGCUUCUCGGAGGCGUCCGACCGGCGGCCGCUCAAUGCCAAGGAGAGUCACGUGGAGUACUCCCCGACCUGCCCGCGACCCCGAGUCAGGCUGGGCUCGGAAAUCAAGGACUCCAUCGUAUGAGGAGCGCCACUUUUCUGUGUGUUUUCUUUUGUUUGUUUCCCCAAAUACGACGACAUCCUGCAUCUCCCAUGAGCGAUACGGGCCACCGAGGGAAGGAGAGACCACCCUGACUUCCUCCCUGAAUCACAGCACAUCCUUUUACUUUCAGCCAUGUUGGUUCUGUGAUCAGUCGCGGAGGUCGUCUCGUUUUCCACUCCGGUCUGGUUUGCUGCGGAGGGCACACUCCAGGUUUCCACAAGGAUAACAAACCAUGGCAGCUGCUAGGAUCAUACACCAUCGUAUCUUUUGAGCCUUUUCUGAUGGACGCUCACAAAUUCUGAGUGUGCAGGCUAAGGAGUGACGUGAGGUUUUAAAAACAACGGCAUCUUUUCUGGUACGCGUCGUUAAUCAUCACCGAUAGUUGCCCAGCCUUGCACAACUCCUAUUGUUAUGCACACAGGACCAGGCUACAGCUACAUGGUGACCAAGAGUUCAGGAUAAGGUGGAUAUUAUAUACAAGUACUUCAUUGUCAUUAAGUUCACCGCGCAUUUUGUUCCCUUUUUAAUGACUGUUUGAGGAGAAUCCACUACGUGACAAACGACUGCAAAGUAAUGAAGAGGGAUCAAACAGAAGCGUCGGCCUUGACGCCUAAACGCUGUCGUUUACCUCCUGGAUGUACGUUGUGGCGAAAACGCGGUCCGUCUCAUCUGGAGCGGCUCUUUCUUUAAAGUCUAAAUAAGACGCGUUUCACAUGUGGGUGAACGAAUGGACCUAGAUGCUCAGUGUUUCAGACUUCACAUUGAGAGGCUAGUGGCAGAGCGAAACGGGGAACAUCUCCACCUCUCCAUACAUUCAGGGCAGCACUGAAACCAUCAUGUGUAUUGUGCCAAAAAAACAAAAAAAGAAACGCCAACCCAGAAAUAACUUGAUUGUCUUAUCUAAAUGCAAUAGUGCCAUCUUGUCAUGACCAUCUCAUGGUUCCUGUUAGCAUUGAUCAAUGUCAAAGAGCACAUGGUGACGGACCCAGGGUCGGGGUUCCACUGAAAGUAUUGCGGCACUAAUAAUAAAUAAAUGUGAAGAUCCACAUUUUUUUAGGAGAAUUUUUCUCUGAGACUGUUAGCUCAUAGCAAACUGUGAAGAAUGUGUUGAGCAGAAUAAGCGAUCUUCAUGUGAGGGGGGGAAAGGAUUUGACGGGGCGUGCGUUACUUGCCGUGUGGUCAUCAAUCUUUUCCAUUUUCCUUCUGCCUUUGUUCUGACAAUACAUGUGUUAGCUACAGCUAAGCUUGGCUAACGAUACAGACUUUUGGGUUGGUUUUAGCUUUGCGCUAACAGCUUCUAAAAUGAUGUUCCUGAAGAAAGAGAUUGAAUCUGGCGCCCUACUGGUCUGAAUGUAACUACAUGAUGCACGGUGUUUUUACGCCCCUUGAACUUUGUCAUGUGUUUUCAUGUUGCAACCAGAAAACGGAUAGCUUAAGCUCUAUAAGUGGACAGAGUAUCUGACUAGAAAAUUUAAAGUCUUGCCUCAGAUUUGUGAAAAACAUUCGAAAACUUAGGAAUCAUUUUCCUUUCGUUUCACAACUACGUGCAUACCUGAGUUUCCACAAACUAAUCCCAAUACAUUUCAAUCAGGUUUGCAGUUGUAGCAUGGCGUGACAAAGUCCAAGAGGCGCAACUACUUCUCCAAGGCACAGUGAUUAUGUAGAUGCAAAGUUUAUACACCCAUAAUUUUCCAGGUUACAUGUCUUAUCCACAUGGCAUUCACCCCACUCAUUCAAAAGCCAAGGUAAUGCUAAUGUGAAAGCACAGGUAAUCAGGGUUAAAGAUUUGCACAUUUCACUUCACUUAAAUCACAUGGAUGUAAAUCCAACUACUGCAAUUAGAACUGCAGCUGCUAAGGACAAUAACUAUUUUUUUGGGGGGGUGAUAUCAGUUGAAACGGGGACCAGUGCAACCAUCUAUAAGCACUGUGUCUCACACGGACCUUUUGAGACUUACAAAAAAAAAUAACAUGAAAAAUUUCCAAAGAAAUUGAAAGCUGAUGACGUUGCCAGUCUGAGUGUGAAUCAUUUGCGAUGUGGCGAAGUGUCUUAGAAUACACAGUGACUUUAAUAUGUUGAACAAAUAAGAAUACAGUAUAUAUUCCAGUAUUAAAUGACCUAUUUUCAACACUAAGCAGAUCUGAAGCUGCUCAAACUGCUUCGGGUUGACAAAGUAACGGCUCAGCAUACUGCACAACAAUGGUCAGCGUUUCCUCUUUUCCAGGUUGUUUCUUGUGUAAAUACAGUGCCUGUGCUAAAUAUUGUGUGUCGUUACGGGACGUUGUGCAAGAUGUGUCGUAGAGGUAGUCUUAAACUAGAGAGUGAACACUGCUGAGUAUUUUAUUCUUAUGUUUUUCUUUUUUCUGUUUUGUUUUUACAUAGUGCUUUACUGCCAACUUGAGCAAAUGCACGUUUCACCACACUAUCCGUUCAGCACCUUACCUGGUUCUAAUCAAGCACCUCAAAACAGGAUACUUAGUUUUAAGAAAAAAGUUACAUUUUAUAUAUAUAUAUAUAUAUAUCAUUGGCUUUUAAUUAGCCUUCAGAAUUGUUGAACAAACCUUUAUUGUUUAAAACUCAAAUUUUUGAAUGGCUUAAAAGAAAACUUAAAAUUUCCAAAUUAGUAACUGUUGCUAGCUUCUACCUGUGCUAACUUGUGAAGCUAAAACAAAAACUUAAAAGUUGAAUAAUAUUUCACACUGUAUUGAGUUACUAAAAAUGUCUAAUUUUUAUGUUUGCGUUCUGGUUAUAGUUUUAAAUUUCAUUACUUUUCUGUUGUGAACACCCACAAAUUACCAUAGUUGCUACUUAGCUUAGAUUCCUAGCUGUCAGUCAACAAAAUAAAAUUUAGGCCAGAAAGAA